GGGUGGAGGAAAAAGGAGGAGCUAUCAAGGAGGGCUUCAACAAGUCAGAAAGAAACAUGCUCAGGCAGUUAGUCAAACUCGAGACACUCAGAGGAGAACACAGUCGCCAUCUGGACUAGCGGCUGGACAAGAGAGGGAACGAGGGUGAUCUGCACCUGUCCCACGAACACACUCUCUUUCUGUCGCACACACGCACACACACGCGCGCACACAAGCGCACUCGGGGGAGAAAUCAGACGGCUCUAUGUGCGGCUGGAACCAAAGUCUGUCGGCCGCCUCUCAGCGUAGCUCCGUCAUGUUGACCACUGAGAGCGCCCUGAACACUGCCGACCAGGUGGAUCCGAAGAUGGCCGUCGAAGACGCCGACAUGUCCAAGUGGACGGAAGCUGAGUUUGAAGAGAAGUGCACCUACAUAGUGAAGGACCACACGUGGGAUGGUGUGGACAAACCAGAUCUGCCUCGCGCUCAGACCUCGCUGCCGAGAAACCUCGCAUUCAGAUAUGCCCCUGAUUCCAAAGAGGUGAUUGGUGUUGUCAGCCGUGAAUACAUACCAAAAGGAACUCGCUUUGGCCCUCUAGUGGGAGAAAGUUACACAGCAGAAAAUGUCCCCAAAGACGCCAACAGGAAGUACUUCUGGAGGAUUUAUGCAGAAGGAGACUUCCAUCACUUUGUAGAUGGCCUGGAUGAGGAGAAGAGUAACUGGAUGCGCUACGUGAAUCCAGCCCACUCGCAGCAGGAGCAGAACCUGGCCGCUUGCCAGAACGGCAUGAGCAUCUACUUCUACACGGUGAAGGCCAUCCCCGCUGACCAGGAGCUGCUGGUGUGGUACUGCACUGACUUCGCACACCGUCUCCACUACCCUCCUUCAGGAGAUCUCAUGAUGCAAGAACUCAAGCAGAGUCUGCUAGAAGCAAAGCAGCAGGUGUCGGAAGAAAAACCUGUUGUGAAGAGAGAGCAUACUGUCUCAGAAAUCCUCAAAGACACAUGGCGGGAGCCUGCAAGACCACUCCCCACACGUCCUCACUGCCCCAUCAGCCCUGACAGACCCAUCUACCCCCGUGUCAUCUUCCCAAUCCGUCCACAACCUCACCUCAGAGAGGAUAUCCUGAAAACCAGCCCAGGUAUCUGUUUUGCCACUCGCUCACCUGCGCUGUCCUCAGCCACCCCAAGCCCAUCAGCACGUAGCAGCCCUGAAAUCAGUCCAGGAAGCAGUCCUGCCCCAGCAGAUCCUAGGGAUGCCCUGCCAGUCUAUAGCAGCAGCCUGGGUCACUAUCCUGGCUACUCCCCACCCAACCCCCUUCCCCCAUUCUAUCCCAACUCACAUUACCUCUUUUCCCCUUACUCCAUGAGUGGAACGUCACCAGUGGGGAGUGUGUUCUCUCGCAUGUACCCCCUUUACAACAGCUUACUGACCCCUCACAUGCCCCUCCCACCCACCAUGCUUCCACCUGAGGGAGGACGGCAUUUCCUGCUGCCACCCCACAGGGACUUCUUUCUUCCUGCACCCAAGAGUGCCUUCUCGAGAGCGACAACCCCAAAGGACAAACCCCUGCAUGGACACUCUCAUGCCCCUGUCAGUGGCUCUCCCACAGCUGGUUCUGCAGUCUCUAUCGAUCAGCAGCCUGCUAACCCAACCUCAGCGCAGCCGAGCAUCCGACGGUCAGAGGAUGAGGCAAUCAAUCUCAGCAAGAUGAAGCGUGGCCCUGCAGGAUACAGGACACUUCCAUACCCACUGAAGAAACAGAACGGCAAGAUAAAGUAUGAAUGCAACGUAUGCAGUAAGACUUUCGGACAGCUUUCAAACCUUAAGGUGCACCUGCGUGUCCACAGUGGUGAGCGCCCUUUUAAGUGUCAGACAUGUAAUAAGGGCUUCACUCAGCUGGCCCACCUGCAGAAACACUACCUGGUCCAUACAGGAGAGAAGCCCCAUGAAUGCCAGGUAUGCCACAAGCGUUUCAGCAGCACAAGUAAUCUCAAGACCCAUCUAAGACUGCACUCGGGUGAAAAGCCGUAUCAGUGCAAGCUCUGUCCAGCUAAGUUCACACAGUUUGUCCACCUUAAACUGCACAAACGGCUGCACACAAGAGAGCGCCCUCACAAGUGUCCACACUGCCAUCGCAACUACAUCCACCUUUGCAGCCUGCGCCUCCACCUUAAGGGCUACUGCCUGGCUGCUCUGCCUUCCCCCCACUAUAGCCUUGACGAACUGAACCGCAUUAAUGAGGAAAUUGAGUGCUUCGACAUCAGCGACAAAGCUGACCGGUUGGAGGAGAUCGAAGGUGUUGAUGUGGAGAGGGUGGUGGAAAAGCAGAUCUUCAGUCUGAUCUGCCGCGAAAUGGACCUCAAGGUGUCGUACCACAAAGGCAGCACUGGAGGGGAUUUGCUUCCUCCAUCUAGCACCUACAGCCUGUAUGAGCCAAGCAGUGAAACGUCAGUUAUCAAGCUCCUACCUGUCAAGGUCAAACAAGAGACUGUGGAGGCGAUGGAAUCUUAGCCCCAGCCCUAGCACACACACUCACUAAGACAUGCUGACCCUCAGCCUCAUCGGUUCCUCCAGUUCUGGCUGUGGACAGCCACAGGUGUACACGAUCCUGCUCGUGAGGAGACAGGCUCAGACCUUUGCUUUCAGGGACGUACCAUACUCAGGGCUAAGAGACACUGCUCCAGGCAACUAGCGGUCCAGUGUGUCCUACACUUACUUUAGAGACAAUCAUCUCUUUCUUUAUUUCAUAAUAAUAUUAUUGCUGAUGUCAUUGAUAUUUGUUAUUAGUUUUUUGCUAUUGUUAUUCCUUAAUAAUAUUUGGUUCAGUUUGUUAUGCAAACUCCUUAAUUUAUUGUCAAUGUUUACAAUGACUGGGUAAUUCAUUGUAAUUCACUGUUCUGUACAUUUUCUAUCGUCACUCUUUUGUACAUAGUUUGCAGCCUGCGUUAGUUGUUUGUUUGCCCUUUGAUUGUCAUGAACUGAUGAGUACCAGAUUUGAGGAGCUCGCCUUGAUUCAGGUUUUUUUUUUUUUUUAAUUUGUAUUUUUAACGCAACAGGUAUUUUUUUUUUUUUAAAGUAGCUCUUUUCUGGAAAGCUGCAGUGGAAUUUUGACAAUGCUACCAUCACCAUGUCUUAAAUCUUGAGGGUGGGGGGGAUGGGAGGAUGUUUGGGAAAAGAUUUGUUUUCAAAUAACUUCCAAACCUUUCCUUAAUUUCUAAUGAGCACUCCUCGGGAAACACAAAAAGGGCAUUUUGUACAUUUUCAACAAGUUACCUCAAACUCUGUGUGUGUGUGUGUGUGUGUGUGUGUGUGUGUGUGUGUGUGUGUGUGUGUGUGUGUGUGUGUGUGUAUUUAGGCUGUGAGUGUAUUCAGAAGGAAGUCAAAGGCAUAUAUGAUAUUUAUUGCUUUUCUACUUGAAGAAGAAACCAAAUGUCCCUGGAGUAGAGGUGUCUAUGUGGUCCAAAAAGAAAGAAAAGAAAAAAAAGGAGCCUGGUAGCAUGUAGCACACUGGCUAUGAAGCGGAGAGUACUUCUCUAUUCAUUCACUCACUAAUAUUUUGGAGCAAGGGGUUGGGAGGGUGGGAAGGAGCUGGAAUACUGAACUAGUUACCAAAGUUCACUUAAAGAGCAGUGACUGUCUAUAGUGGUAUUAGUCGCUCUUUAGAUAUUUUCUGUUCUACACUUUUUUUUUGUUGUUGUUGCCCUUUUUACACUCAUGGAUGGCACAAAUCAAAGUGCCUUGGUCUUUAUAUGCACUGGUUUAUCUUCAUUGGUCAUUUUCUGUACUUUUUUUUUUAAAUCCAGAUUUUGUGAGGGUCAUCGUUUUGAUGGACAAUGACUUUCUUUACCUAAGGCACCAAAAUGUGCUGUAAAGUCGUAGCAUCUCUUAAUUUCUCUGUUCUGAAGUAUGACCAAAGUCUUCCCCGUAUCUGCAGCUUUAAACGAAAUGUAAAAAGGAAAAGAAAAAAAAAGAACAAAAAGAAACUCCUGUCUCUGUUUACGCACAGGUUUACAUAGUUAUUUAAGUGCAACUUGUUUAAAAUGUAAAUUAUAUAAAUGUUCACUGACAUAAUGGAA